AUGCGACAAAAUCCCGUUCCAACUUCUUCUUCUGUUAUUCUCAGGAAAAUUUCCAUUGAAAAAUCGCCUUGGAUUAAACUCGAGCGCAUCUUCUACCGAGAUUCUUCUUCAAAUGAUGAUAACUUUUCUGACCAUUGCGACCAUUUUGAAUCGUUUAUGUGCGAUGAGGACGGUUCCCCUUUGAACUUGGGGAACAAUAUUAAGUACUGGGACAUCUUCUCCAGGAACACAGUUGACCCUUCAGUUACUUCGAAUUCUGCAACCGCCCUGGCAUUUUGUUACACACGCAGGAGCGGGGAUUAUAUUUUUUAUUUAUCAGUAGUUGAACAGUUUAGACCAUCAGUGAACUCAAAAACUCUUGAGUUCCCAAGUGGCAUUUGUGAUAGAGAUGAGUCCGUAACUCGGUGUGCUUUACGUGAAUUAAAAGAAGAAACAGGAUAUACCGGAGAAUUAUUGAUUAAUAGUCCAAAUUUACCAACAAGUGUAUUGGGGAAUGAUAAUACAUGUUUAGUAACAGUAAUGGUAAAUAUGGACUCGGAAGUGAAUUUGAACCCAGUUCAGAGUUUGGAACCCACUGAAAAUAUAACUUCACACAUUUUCCCACUAAACAACCUACUUCAAAAUUUAAAACAACAUUGUAAUAAAUCGGGAUCAAAAAUUGCUGACAACCUUUACCGUAACAUUUAUUCAGUUAAAAUAUAA